AAGAUGGAGCUGGAGGAGGCGCCGUCGGAGCUCGACGAGGACCGCAAGGAGAUCAAUCCUCACAUUCCUCAAUUCAUGUCUGCCGCGCCGUGGCAUGUCAAUGAAGCCAAGGCGACGCUCAAGCACCAGCGCAACUGGAAAUCCAAGCACAAAUCCGGCUGCGCGGCCAAGCGGCACGAUCGAGGACGCAAGACGCACCAGGCGACCAAGUACCGAAAGGGCGCCUGCCAGAACUGCGGUGCCAUGACGCACGAUGCAAAGGCGUGCCUGGAGCGGCCGAGGACUGUGGGCGCGAAGUGGACCAACAAGAGCAUUGCGGCGGACGAGGAAGUCGAGAGCUUGGAGCUGGACUACGAUGGCAAGAGGGACCGGUGGAAUGGAUAUGAUCCGGCCAGCUACUCGAGCGUGAUCGAGCACUACGAGCGCCGGGGCAAGGCACGAAGCAAGUUUAGGAAGGUGGAGCAGCUCAAGAAGAUGAUGGAGCCUAGAGGUGGCGACGAGGAGGAAUCCAAGACCAGUGACGAAGAGGAUCACGAUCACGACGAGGCCAAAGUUGACGAGAGCAAGCAGAUGGAUUUCGCGAGGGUGGAGAAGCGAGUGAAGACUGCCGGGGGUGGGAGCACUGGGACUGUGAGGAACUUGCGGAUCCGAGAGGACCAGGCCAAGUACUUGAAGAACCUCGAUCCAAACUCGGCACACUUCGAUGCAAAGUCGCGAUCGAUGCGCGAGGACCCGCUGCCCGGCAGUGAUCCUAGCGAGAAGUUCUACGCGGGAGACAACCAGGACAGGAUGACCGGCGAGGCUCGCGACUUUCAGCUGCUAAACAUCCACGCCAUGGAAGCUUAUGCGAAGGGAAAAGGCAUCCAUCCCCAGGCAGCGCCGUCGCAGGCCGAGCUUCACCACAGGGAGUUUAAGACGAAGAAGGAGAAGCUGAAGCAGGAAACUUCGGCCAGGAUCAAGGACAAGUAUGGGAACGCUGCUUGCGAGGAGAAGCUCCCCGUGGAGCUGCUUCUCGGCCAAACCGAGACGCAAGUCCAGUAUGAUAGAGCUGGAAGGGUGAUCAAGGGAAGCGAGGGAGUGAUCGUGGUCGCAGCUAGCAAGUAUGAGGAGGACGUCUUCCUCGGCAACCAUACCAGCGUGUGGGAAUCGUUCUUUGCGAACGGGCAGUGGGGAUUCAAGUGCUGCUGGCAAUUUGUCAAGAACAGCUACUGCACUGGGGAGGCCGGGAUCGCCGCUGCACAGGCCUCGGCUCAGAGUCUCUUGCGGGAGAAUCGAAGAAGUCUUGAAGGUGGAGAAGAGAUUAUCGUCAAGCGGGUGUGUGAUCUUGACGAGAAGAAACUCGAGCAGACUCUCGAGAGGAUAGAGGAGGCCGAGAACGAAGAGAAGGACGAGAGGAAGAGGAAAUACAAUGCGGCGUCCUCGCACGACGUCUUCACUGCCGAAGAUCUCGAAGCUUACAGGAUCAAACGCGCCCAUUCCGAUGAUCCAAUGAUAGAUUUCUUGUAA